GCCACCGGGAACCUGUCGGCGAGCUGCGGGAACGCGCUGCGCGCGGCCGCGGGGCUGGGCGGUACGGACGGCGGCGCGGACGGGGCGGCGCGCGCAGCGUCCAAGGGCCAGAUGAUGGAGGAGCGAGCCAACCUGAUGCACAUGAUGAAACUUAGCGUGAAGGUCUUGCUGCAGUCCGCCCUGAGCCUGGGCCGCAGCCUGGACGCCGACCAUGCCCCCUUGCAGCAGUUCUUCGUGGUGAUGGAGCACUGCCUCAAACACGGGCUGAAAGUUAAGAAGAGUUUUAUUGGCCAAAAUAAAUCUUUCUUUGGUCCCUUGGAGCUGGUGGAGAAACUUUGUCCAGAAGCGGCAGAGAUAGCUACUAGUGUCAGAAAUCUGCCAGAAUUAAAGACACCUGUGGGGAGAGGCAGAGCUUGGCUUUAUCUUGCACUCAUGCAAAAGAAACUGGCAGAUUAUCUGAAAGUUCUUAUAGACAAUAAACAUCUGUUAAGUGAGUUCUACGAGCCCGAGGCACUCAUGAUGGAGGAAGAAGGCAUGGUGAUUGUCGGCCUGCUGGUGGGACUCAAUGUUCUCGAUGCCAAUCUCUGCCUAAAAGGAGAAGACUUGGAUUCUCAGGUUGGAGUGAUCGACUUUUCCAUCUACCUCAAGGAUGUGCAGGAUCUUGACGGAGGCAAAGAACAUGAAAGAAUUACUGAUGUCCUUGAUCAAAAAAAUUACGUGGAAGAACUUAACCGGCACUUAAGCUGCACGGUUGGGGAUCUUCAAGCAAAAAUAGAUGGCUUAGAAAAGACUAAUUCAAAGCUCCAAGAAGAGCUUUCAGCAGCAACUGACCGGAUUUGCUCACUUGAAGAAGAGCAGCAGCAGUUAAGAGAACAAAAUGAAUUGAUCCGUGAAAGAAGUGAGAAGAGUGUGGAGAUGACAAAACAAGAUACCAGAGUGGAGCUGGAGACCUACAAGCAGACACGGCAAGGCCUGGAUGAAAUGUACAGCGACGUGUGGAAGCAGCUCAAGGAGGAGAAGCGGAUCCGACUGGAACUAGAAAAAGAACUGGAAUUACAAAUUGGAAUGAAAACGGAGAUGGAAAUUGCAAUGAAGUUACUGGAGAAGGAUACCCACGAGAAGCAGGACACCCUCGUCGCCCUCCGCCAGCAACUGGAAGAAGUCAAAGCAAUUAAUUUACAGAUGUUUCACAAAGUUCAGGAUGCUGAGAGCAGCUUGCAGCAGAAGAAUGAAACCAUCACAUCUUUUGAGGGUAAAACCAACCAAGUUAUGUCCAGCAUGAAGCAGAUGGAAGAAAGGUUACAGCUCUCAGACCAGGCGAGACAGGGCGCCGAGGAGCGGAGCCGCAAGCUGCAGCAGGAGCUGGGCAGCCGGGUGGGCGCCCUGCAGCUGCAGCUCUCCCAGCUGCACGAGCAGUGCUCAAGUCUAGAGAAAGAGUUGAAAUCAGAAAAAGAACAGAGACAAGCUCUUCAGCGGGAAUUACAGCACGAGAAGGAUACCUGCUCUCUCCUGCGGACAGAGCUGCAGCAAGUGGAAGGACUGAAAAAGGAGCUGCGGGGGCUCCAGGACGAGAAGGCUGAGCUACAGAAGGUGUGUGAUGAGCAGGAGCAAGCCCUCCAGGAAAUGGGACUGCACCUCAGCCAAUCCAAGUUGAAGAUGGAAGACAUAAAAGAAGUAAACAAGGCCCUGAAGGGGCACACGUGGCUGAAAGAUGACGAAGCCACACACUGUAAGCAGUGCGAGAAGGAGUUCUCCAUCGCCCGCAGAAAGCACCACUGCCGCAACUGUGGCCACAUCUUCUGCAGCACCUGCUCCAGCAACGAGCUGGCCCUGCCCUCCUACCCCAAGCCGGUGCGCGUGUGUGACAGCUGCCACACGCUGCUGCUGCAGCGCUGCUCCUCCACGGCCUCCUGACCUCCCCGCUGGGGAGCGGCGGGAAGACGUCACGCUGGGACUGUCUGUGCUGGGGCCGGAAGAGCACCUCUGGGUUCCAAACCCUUCCAGCUUCCUCAGACAUUGCUGGCUUUGGUUCACAUGUGACUUACUGAGUUUGCUACUGUCUUUCUCCACUUUUCAAAAGAAUUAGCCUACUGUUUUGCAGCAACUGUGCUAGUGCAUAAUCGGCUUCUCUCCCACCUUUCAGGAUGUGCAGUGUUUUAUUCAAGGGAGAGGGGGCAGGUCUGUGGGCGUGCCUUCUCAGCCAGAGUCAAGAGGUUUGCCUCUUCACAGCCUUGUGAGUUCCUAUCAUUGGGCCUGCAAUAAAAUCAAUUAUUUUUCAC